CGACUGCUAGCAGUCGUUAGCAGCAGCAGCAGCUCCCACUCACUUCUCUCUCCCUAAUCAGCGCGGAUCCCUGUUCUUCUCCGCUUGUUUUAGGCACAGGAGGUCUUCACUCAGACCCCCACCCCUGCAAGUCACCUGUCCGACCCGACAGGUCAUUUCCCGCAGCUUUCUUUCCAUCGAGCGCAUGUCCCGCUAGCGGGGAGCUAACGGCUAGCCGCGGCUCCGAUGACAACAGAGAGAAGGGGCAUCCCCUGAACAUGGACACGUGACCGCGGGGCCGCCGACAGUUCCAGGAGUGUGACGUUGUGAAGGUGUCGGAGAGAGUCACCUGCGCCCCGGUCGGACUCCGCCCCUCACUCUCAGCAUGCUGACGGCAGCCAUGCUGACCUAGGACCUGGAUGCUGCGGCGAGUUUGAGUUGUGUGAACCCGGCGCAGGCAACACCAUGUCAGACAACCAGGCCAACAACAACAACAACAUCCCUCCUAACAACAUGGGGCCCAACAGGAACCGGAACCCCAACAUCAACCAGAACCCGCUCAUCAAUGUCAGGGACCGCCUCUUCCACGCCCUCUUCUUCAAGAUGGCUGUCACUUACGCCCGCCUCUUCCCCCCGUCCUUCAGGAGAGUCUUUGAGUUCUUCGUUUUGCUGAAGGCGCUCUUCGUCCUCUUCAUCCUGGCCUACAUCCACAUCGCCUUCUCCCGCUCCCCCAUCAACUGUCUGGAGGCGGUGAGGGAGCGCUGGCCCCGCGACGGCAUCCUGCGGGUGGAGAUCCAGAGGAACUCCAGCCGGGCCCCGGUCUACCUGCAGCACUACGACCCCGCCGACGUCCAGGAGGAGCUGGGAGGAGCCGUGCCGGCGCUGACCCUGGCGGCGCUGCAGGAGGAGGACGAGGAAGAGGAGGAGAUGACUGUGGAGAUGUUUGACAACAACUCAGUGCAGUUUGAGCUGGACAUCGAGCCCCGUCUGAAGCCGUCUCUGAUUGGAGGAGGUGUUGGAGGAGGAGCAGCAUCAGCAGGAGUAAACGACAGCCAGGACGUGUCCUUCAGCCAGACCAGUAAAGUGUGGCCUCAGGAGGAGUACAUCGUGGAAUAUUCCCUGGAGUAUGGCUUUCUGCGGCUUUCCCAAACCACCAGACAGAGACUCAACAUCCCCGUCAUGGUCGUCACUCUGGAUCCCACCAAGGAUGAGUGUUUUGGAGACGGCUUCAGUCGCUUCUUGCUCGAUGAAUUCCUGGGCUACGACGACAUCCUGAUGUCCAGCGUGAAGGCGUUGGCUGAGAACGAGGAGAACAAAGGGUUCCUGAGGAACGUGGUCUCUGGAGAACACUACCGCUUCGUCAGCAUGUGGAUGGCCAGGACCUCAUACCUGGCCGCCUUCGUCAUCAUGGUUAUAUUUACUCUGUCGGUCUCCAUGCUGCUCAGAUACUCUCAUCACCAGAUCUUCGUCUUCAUCGUGGAUCUUCUGCAAAUGCUGGAAAUGAACAUGACCAUCGCCUUCCCAGCAGCCCCUCUACUGACUGUCAUCCUGGCCCUUGUAGGUAUGGAGGCCAUCAUGUCGGAGUUCUUCAACGACACCACCACCGCCUUCUACAUCAUCCUCAUCGUGUGGUUGGCUGAUCAGUACGACGCCAUCUGCUGCCAUACCAACACCAGCAAACGCCACUGGCUCAGGUUCUUCUAUCUGUACCACUUUGCCUUCUACGCCUACCACUACCGCUUCAAUGGUCAGUACAGCAGCCUGGCACUGGUCACAUCCUGGCUCUUCAUCCAGCACUCCAUGAUCUACUUCUUCCACCACUACGAGCUUCCUGCCAUCCUGCAGCAGAUCCGGAUCCAGGAGAUGCUCCUGCAGAACCAGCAGGGGGGUCAGAACCAGAACCAGCAGGGGGGCCCCAACCAGCAAACGGGCCAGAACCAGACGGCUCUGCAGGACAACCUGAACAACAACGGUGCGGCCGCUGCCGGCGCAGAACCCACCGAUUCCCCCCAACCGGGGUCCGGCACUGGAGCGCCCCCCCCGAGCCCCCAGGCCCAGCCCUCCGCCUCCUCCCCGUCCCCGGCAGCACCAGGGGGGCCCGGGGAGCCCAGGGCGGAGCUGAACUGGGUCGCUCAGACAGCAGCCAUCAUCACCGGAGCUCUCACCUCCAGCAUCGACCUGGGGGGAGGAGCAGGAGGAGCAGCCGGGGGGUCAACGGAACGAGGAGGACCGGUGGGGGCGGCCGAGGCCUCAGACGCAGCAGCAGCAGCAGCAGCAGGAGCUGCAGAUCCAAACAUUGUUCCGGUAGAAGUGAAGCCUGCAGAAGGAGGCGGGGCCGACACGCCCACGGGGCGGGGCCUCCAGGGGGCGGGGCCUCCAGAGACGGAGACACACACAGACUGCCCCCCCCCACAGUGCUCAGGUACAGACUGUGACCUCAGAGUACCCGAGGAACAGCAGAGCUCGGCCUCCUGAGACGACAGCUGCGCUGACGUGAUCCCACCCGUGUGAGCUCAGUCUGUCAGCCGAUCAAGAUCAUUGAUCUGCUUUCUCCCUACAUCAGAAACCACACCCCCAUAUCUGAGUGAGUCCAGAGUCGGCCGGUCGGAGGGCCGGCGCCCUCUGGAGGACGGCAGAUGGAAACUUUUAUGAACCGAUGUGACAGUCAUGUGACCUGGGAACAGAAAUGUUUGGUGUUUCUGCCUGGAAGAAAGUCCCAGAAUUGAUCCUCAUGAUUGAUCAGGGCUGCAACUGAUCAUGUUCUCAGUUUUGUAUCAUAAAUGCCACAAGAGUAAAGAUCCUAUCGGAAGGUUAUAUGUCAAUAGCCAGUAACCCCCAUAACAGGAGGCAUUAUUGAUGAGGUGUGUGUGAUCAGUAAGGUACAAGGAGGAUGUUGAGAUUCUUCUGGCUGCUGGCAUUUCAGACACUGUAAGACUGAUUGAUGAGUCAAAGCUGUAGGUUCUGAACUCCACCGAUCAAUUAAAGUGAUCGCAGACAGCCGGAGUAUUGAGCUGACUGGUGUUGAAUCAAUGAAAUUCAGAGCGGAGCCUCAAUGAUUGGUGACAGACUGAAGCACAAACCGAAUCAUUUCCAUCUGCUCUUAUUUUGAAAAGAAUGACUUGCACAGGAAAGUGGGCAGAUGAAUCAGUCAGCACUUCCUCUCAGAAUGGAUGCCUUAUCAAUAAUCCUCACACUUUCAGCAGCUGAGCAGGCUGAUUGUUUGUUUUGUGCAAUAUUGCGCCAUUUGUGUCACGGCUGAAGCCCCGCCCCCAGGAGGAGGGCGUGGCUUUUCAACACGAAGCAUUCGGCCUCCACCUCGGUUGGGGUUUCAGUCGUUAAAAUCCCAAAAAUGAGUGACGGCAGGAAUGUUUUCUGGUGUUUGAUGUAAAACACAAAACGUGAUGUCAUCAAUCAUGUGACUCCUUUCUGUGUUUGUGAAAUAGCAGUUUGAUUCACCUGCAUGAAGGUCUCAGACAUUCAGACCGCUCAGCCAUGUAUCAUGCACGCCCAUCCAUCCAUCCAUCCAUCCAUCCAACAAUAUGAUCCAGUCCAGCAUUUGAUCCGAUUAAACCCUCGAUCUGGUUUCAGUCUUGAUCCCAUCAACUUGACCCGAUCAAAACCUGGGUCUGCUCCAAUGCUUGAUCCCAUCCACAAUUGAUUGGAUCCAAUAUUGGGUCCAGUGCAUCGCUACAUCUGAUCAAACCCUAUUUCUGAUCCAAUAUUAGUUCUAAUCCAAUGCUGGAUCCGAUCAAAUCCUGGAUCCAAUCCAACGCUGGAUCCAGUCACAGUUACAUCCCAUCAACGCUCGAUCCGAUCCAACAUUUGAUGCAGUCCAGUAUUGGAUGCAAUCCACAGAUAGACCUGAUUGAACCCUGGAAACAAUCCAGUACUGAAUCUGAUCCAACGCUGGAUC